AUGGAAUAUACUCCGAGGCUCAGUCUAGAAAGGGAGCCCAGUGAAGGAAAAAGGAGAAAGAUAUCUCCAAGUCGUAGGAUACUAACUACUAAUCCGUAGACAAUAUUAAAAAGCGAUACCAAAUGAUCUUUUUAUCACUUAUUUUUCACCUCCAGUGAAAGGGGAAAUUCAUUGCAGCAAAAAGAUUUGCCUGGCACUUUAUUCUGGUCAAUAAUUUACACUGUUUGUUACUACAGAUCGAACCUUAUAAUCUGUAAUUUUAGGCGCUGUGAAGUGUGGUGGAAAUCGCUCUGGCUUCUUUGGCGUUAUCAAGUCCCCAAACUUUCCUAACACGUACCCCAAUAAUGUUCACUGUGUGUGGAACAUAACAGUCCCCAAAGGUCAUCGAAUAAGAAUACGCUUCACAGUAAUCGACAUCGAGUUCUUCUUCCAGUGUGAUUACGACUGGCUCUCUUUGCGCUCUGGUAAUAGCACGCUGGGACGAUUUUGCGGUUCCAAACACAAGACAAUAAACAAACAUCAUAGCAAACUCCCUAAGGAGUAUGUUAUCUCGCCAACCAACGAAUGUACCAUUACAUUUCACUCGGACUACUCUAACGAGGAAUCAUAUGCUGGCUUUAGAGCGCAUUAUAUCGCUGUUGGUAAGAUUAUGUGACUCUAGUUAUUACAGUAAUUAAGCCCCUUCCCUCAAAGAAGACAUCCCCCGCGAAUAAGCCGCCCCCCUUCCCGUUUUUAGGGAAAGAGAGUUAUUAAGCCCCCUUCCCAUCCCCCUUUAUCUUGAAUGAUAAACUGUAACACUCCACGUGGAUUGAUCCGAUAUGAUUUAUUCACUUGCUGAAAGUUGGAUUUGUUACCUUACUUCUUGAAUGCAUACUGUAAAUCCUCUAUUAAGCUCCCCCUCACAAAUAAGCCCUCCCUUUUCAGGGGAAGAAAGUUAAGAAGCUCCCCCUCUCAAAUAACCCCCCCUCCCUUCCCCUUGUUAUUAUUAUUCACUAAUAAAUAAUAGACUGUAUUAAUCAAUCACGACUGUAAAUCUUCGUUUGACUGAUCUGGGAUGGUUUAUUCACCAGCUGGAAGUUCGGAUUUGAUUUUGGUCCUCGGAUGCAUGACCUCCAUCCAACUUCUUGUACUUUAGCUUUUCCACUUUGAAUUCGAUCCAGUCCUUUAUGGAGUACUGAUACCAUCGUCUUUGCUAAAUUGAAUAAGCUCCCCUUUCUCAACUAAGCCCCCCGUCUCUAUUAAACCGCCCCCCUCAAAUGUGCUUGAAAUGAAUAAGCCCCCCGUGGGGGAGGGGGGGGGGUCUCAAUAGAGGAUUUACUGUAGUCCAUUCACCUAGAAACACAAAUCUCUUCAACUGAUCCGGCACUUACAUGUGCCAGCUGUUCAGUGCGGCGUUGAUCACGUGUUGUUUGUUUUUAUUGAUGUCAAAAUAACAACAUUAAUAUACAACAUACAAAAUAAAUAAAUGAAUAAAUAACAAAAAAUCAUUUGUUGUUAUUGCAGAUGAAGAUGAAUGUAAAAGCGAGAAUGGCGGCUGUGAUCACUACUGUCACAAUUACAUCGGCGGCCAUUACUGUUCUUGUCGUCUCGGAUACAGACUUCAGCCUGAUGGCAAGUCAUGCCAUUGUAAGCAGAUAUAUUUCAUCGCGUUUUACUUUUAAAAUAACUCUUAGCUUUUUUUUCUUCUUCUUCUUUUUUGCCGAGGUUUUGUUUUGUUUUGUUUGUUUGCUUCGAUAUUACCUGUAAUAACGUAUCAAAUGACCUUGAAUUUCUAGGGAGGACUGAUUGGACAGCAUUCUAACUAUAAGAGUUAAUUUUCCAGUGUAAAACCUUACUUUCGAAAUGUAAUGAAACUUUCUCUUCAAGUAACUUGAAAAGUUUGAAAAUUUCGUUUUUUAUGAUAAUAAACUGACAUCUUUGAAAGAGCCAGAGUAGCAGAAAACAGCUUGCAUUCCUGCCAAGCAUUUUGUUGUCGUUGUUGCCGUUUGUUUUCAGUAUCCUGACCCGACGUUACCUUGUCCUCUUUUUAUAUUUCAGUCAUCUGCAACAACCAGAUCAUUCAAUCUAGAAGAGGAGAAAUAACAUCUCCAGAAUAUCCGCAGAAAUACCCCAAAAACUCCGAUUGUGAUUGGACAAUAACCGUGGAGAAAGGAUAUCAGAUAACGCUAACUUUCCUCGAGGUAUGAUUCUUAUAGUUUUGCACAUUCCCUUCGAAAUGAUCGAUAGAAGAGCCAUUUUUUAUGGUUCUUGAUCGAUACUAUUGGUGGAAAAAAUAAUCGAAAAAACUUGUUAAAACUGCAACAAUAGCUUUUCCAUCUGGCAAGUAAAUUCGUCGUCAGAUUUCAUCACUCAAUUCUACUGUUCACGUACAUGAGCAAAAGUAACUAUCUCAGGGAAAAAAAAUCGUAAAAUUUGCUCUUAAGAACGGUGCUUUACAUUCGGGAAUCCCCAAAUUUUACCUCUUGAUUUUUAUUUAGAGGAAUCAUCAGCCUCUUAAACAUUCCUUACUCCCCUAGCAUAGUCAUUAAAGCGGGAGCAAAAAGAAGUGUCCGCAUUAAAAAGGUGUCUGUAUUACCUAGGCACGGAUUGUAUAACGUUUGUCAUCUUUGGGACCAAGAAAAGUGUUGUAAGGAGAACUGCAAGGUAGUUGAAAAAACCUAGAGCGGACAGGACCGGACCGGACCUAUCCUAGGCUCAGGAGUACCGCGGGCGCAUCGAGACACCCACGGCUGGAGACUGAGCUUAGACCUAUCCCUAACCCUCCUCCCCCCCCCCCCCCUUGGGGGAUACCCCCUUUUAUAACCCAAUUGGGUUUGAACGGCCCCAAAGGGUAGGGGGUUUUCGCCGUUUUGGUCUGAAAAGGGUAAUAGUCGGGCCGUUUUGUUCUGGAAUGGGGUAUGGUGUUGGGGGGACCUGGGGGGGGGGGGUAAGGGAUUUUUAUUUUUAGGUCCAAAUGUUUUUCAAAAAAAGGUGUGUAAGGGGAACCGGAAGGUAGGUGAAAAAACCUAGGGGCGGCAGGACCGGACCCGACCUAUCCUAGGCUCAGGAGGACCGCGGGCGCAACGAGACACCCACGGCUGGGGACUGAGCUUAGACCUUUCCCCAACCCCCCCCCCCCCCCCCCUCCUUGGGGAGUACUCCCUUAUAUAAGCCAUAUAGGUAUGAACAGCUCCAAAGGGUAUGGUGUUUUCGCCGUUUUGGUCUGAAAAUGGGUAUAGACUGGCCAUUUUGAUCUGGAAUUGGGUAUGGUUUUCGAGGGAACUGCGGGAGUGUAUGAACGUAUUUAUCAUUUUAAGUCCAAAUGUUUUGAAUACCUGAGAAAGAAAAAUAUGCGAAUUCGAAAUGGAUUUUGUGAAAUCGCUUCUGUUAGCGUUCUAAUCCAAGUAAUGAUAACAUAAUUUCUUAGAGCCCAGGUCUGAAAAGGGGUAUGGAUUUUAGAGGCCAGGUCUGACAAAAGGUGUGAAAAAUAACAUUUUUUUGUCUGAAAUAGGGUCAGGAUUUGGACAACCGGGAAGCACACCCCCCCCCCCCACGGGCCCUAACCUUUCGUCAUUUAGUAAGUUGCCGUGGUUGAUCUUCUCCUAUCCUAGCCGGAUUUUUCCUGAUACUUGAGGUUAGACUGUUCAUGCGCUUUAUCUUACAUCGAGUCACCUCUUUAUUUAGUUUGACAUAGAGGAACAUCCCGAUGUCGUUUGCCCUUACGAUUACCUAAAAGUAAACGCUGGUCAGAAGAGAAAGUACGGUCCUUACUGCGGCAAAAAGCUUCCACGGAACAUCACCUCAUCCGGGAACUACAUUCACAUCGAAUUUGUAUCUGAUGAUUCGGGAAAUUACAGAGGAUUUAAAGCCUUCUAUGACACACACGGUACGUAAAACGAUGUUUUUAGUAAUUAAAGGUCUUCUCGUUUUUUAGACUCCGGUGCAAACUUUGUUCUCUUAUUAUUAGAAAGUAAUUUUUAAUAGUGCUGUGCUAUUAUCAUGUUCAAAAAUGUUUUUUGCGAGUGAUUGUUCAGUUUUUCUGCGUGUAUUAGCCAUCUUUGAUUUUAUAGCCAAAGGGUAUCAUUGUCUUUUUAUCAACAGGAAUUCGGUGUCCUCCUUUAACCGCACCGGAUCACGGGAAUAUGACAGGAGACGAUUUUACGUUCAAACAAACUGUGGCAUUUGCAUGCAAUGAAGGCUAUCUUCUGACAGGCUCGGCCGUGAGAGAAUGUAAAAACACCGGAGACUGGGACGGAACUCCACCCGUCUGCAAACGUAUGUUAAAUUGAGAGCUUGUUUUAAAAGUUCUGACCUUUAUCUAGCAAGUUUGAUUUAUUUAUGUGUUUGUUACGUGGCGUUGGAACAAUGACUACAACCAGUUUUUCGGAGCCGCCCCUAAGUUAAAAAAGAAAAGAAAACAAAACAAAACAAACAAAAAAACAAAGAACAGAAAAAAAAACAGGGAGGAAAGCAGGCAAGAACAAUUUCAAUUUUUUUGGCGUUGAAAAUUAAAAGGCUACGAUAAGAUUGUCCAUUUUAAGCACCUAUCUUUCAAUACGAAAUGUCAGACAUGAGGAAUGAUAUCAGGGACGCUUUAAAGAAUUCAGGAAUACCGGUUUUUAAUUUGUGGCCAUAUAUAACAGACUCGAUUUGAGUGCUUUUGUUUCUUCCCUUCAAAUAGCGGUGAACUGUGGACACCCGGGAAAACCACGUCAUGGGAAUAUAACUGAGAGUGGAUUUACCUACCAAAAGGUUGUAAGUUUCUCCUGCAAUAAGUAUUUUGAGCUUCAAGGAGACAGAACACGGCAGUGUCAAGCAGAUGGGAUAUGGUCUGGAGAGCAACCGAAAUGUAUUGCAAGUAAGUUGCUGGAAUGGGUCUGGAAUCUUGAUCUAAAAAAAAUUACGUUCUCUGUUUUAAAAAGUGGAGUUGUCAGGAGAUAUUGAUAAGCCCAAUUGCGUAUUGCUUGUACGCCUGGGGCAGAGAAGUCCCGUAUGGUUUGAAUCUCAUCGGGAGAUUUGAGAAAAAGGGAUCGGGAAAAAUCGGAAAUAUUUUGCGGUGUGUAUUUAUUUUAUCUUUAUUCUUGGUUUGCAACCACGAGACAAGGCGGCCAUGUUGGGGUCAUUACUGACAAUAUAAUUUUUUCACGAAGAAUUAAAAUGAAAAUUGAGUUUUGUUCCCAGGGGAGAAAAAUGCUUUUGUUCUUGACCGCCAACAGAGUCGCCUUGACGUCUCGUGCAAACCAGCAAUACUAGGCCGCUUCUGUUGCCAUCUUUUGUGUUUGCAGAUUAUAAAUUAAGUCUUUGAAGGACAUGUUUGUUCCGUUCAGUGGCGAAUCUAUCUCUUGGCACCUCACCAAACAUUCUGGCUUUAACCUAGACCAGUCUCUCUUUUUCUUCAGAAUUAGUGCGGGGAGUGCAAACGCGCGCCAUCAAUCACACGCCUGGUCAUGUUCGUGUUUCGCGCGUUUUGCUCAACGGACUGAAAAACGAGAGACUGCUCGUAGUCUAGCUGUAACCCGACGAAUAAAUUUCUCUCCAUUUAAUUUCAGCGUGUGGAGAAGUGAAUCACUUCAAUACUACAAGUGAUGUUUGUCGAAAGAGGAUUGUUGGUGGACAGGACGCGCGCAAGGGCUCUUAUCCUUGGCAUGUUCUUGUAAUGAAGAAUAAUCUGAUCGCUUGUGGUGGAAGCCUGCUGAAUGAACGAUGGGUCUUGACAGGUUUGUAACUAAAAUAAUAAAAUAAUAAUAAUAAUUAUUAUUAUUAUUACUACUACUACUACUACUAAUAAUAAUGAUAAUUAUUGUUAUUAUUAUUGUUAUUAUUAUUAUCAUCAUCAUCAUUAUUAUUGUUAACAACAACGAUUAUGAUAACAAUAAUAUUAUUAUCAUUAAUGAUAAUGAUUAUGUUGAUGAUGAUGAUGAUGAUAGCGGCUUUCUGAAAGUCUAUGCUCACGUUAGGGACCAAUUGUGGCGUGACUCAUCGACAACCUCCCAUAAUUGGCUUUCAAAUUUUGUCAAUUCAAUAUAUAUUUCUCUUACAAAAGGUGGGACAGAACUCUAUGUUGUUUUGCCAGCUUUUACCGUCUAACUCCGACAAUUAUGACCGCCUGAAACAUUUUAACAAAGAUCCAGGACACGCAAACAAGCCACAAAGGCACAAAAUAACAACCGUUCUCUCGUCUGACUUGCUUUCUCCUUGCAACGCAAUAAUAUUUCAGAAAUAUUUCUGGUUUUCACGGUUUUGCGAGUUUCACAGUGAGCCAAACCCAUCCAUAGUCCUUUGAUAGCUAAUUCUUAACUUAUGCCUUAUUUUUCCUAGCUGCCCACUGCGUGAGAGACAGAUCGAGUGGUAUUGUAGGUCUUUCCGUUUUGAAGAUAUUUGCUGGCCUUCACCAGAUCCGCAAACUAAACGACAGUCACGUGCAGAGAAGAAAAGUAGUUCAAAUUAUAAGUCACAAGAAUUUUGAUUUCCGUCUGUUUGCUUCUGACCUGGCCCUUUUGAAGCUGGAUCGUGAAGUCAGAAUAUCACACUAUGUUAAGCCUGUAUGUCUGCCAGAAGGACAGUAAGUUAUUUUACAAGCUUUAUAAAGAUUGGAAACUGAUAGCUAUCAUAGUUGCAGAAUUUACAAGGGGCCACAAAGCAAGUACACGCAUGCGCAAUAGAGCUUUUUUGCAACGGUGACGACGACGGCGACAAAAACGCCAAAAAAGCUAUGCGUUUUAUCACAAAACAACAACUUUGCACGUGCUUCACACUCUUAGAUACAUUUCUUGCCUUCCUUGGACGACUACGACGUUGAUUAAGCUCCCUAGUGACUUACCCAGGUAAAAAGCAUGAAAUUUUGGCGAUGCAACCUAAGUAUCCAUUUAUUUGUUAACCUACUUGAGCGCUCUGAAGAACUCGCUUGAAAGAAAGGGUUCGUGUGUUAACGUUCCUGGACGAAUUGAAUUUUGACUCAGAGUUGUUCAUUGAGAAGAGAGAAAAAUUGCACUUACUGGAGAAAAACAUCUCAGAUGGCCAAGGGUAUUGAAACCCGGCAACAUUAAUGGGUAGUGAGUGUUUUAGCCACUGCGCAAACCUUGCUCCCCAGUUACUUAAGUUACGGUUUGUUAUGCGAGACUAACUGAAGUAUCUUUGUUGCUUGGAAAGAAAUUCUUUGAUGGGAGGGAUUUUGGUUUUCCCAACAGUAGCAUGUUUGCAUUAUUAUAAUUAGUAGAUCUAACUUUCUCCACAUUUUACUCAGGGGCGGAUCCAGGAAUUUUUUAUUGGGGCGGGUCCAAACUUUGGUUCAGAAAGGAUUGUUGAACUUUUUUGUGGCUAAUUGCUUCUCCCUCACUCCCCCACACCCCCCACCCACCAAACGUGGUUGCACGUUAUAAUUCCUUGGCCCUUACCUUGUACUUCAAUUCUACUCGUAAAGGAUGCAUCCUUGGAAUUUAGUUUAGUGACAAAAUGCAACGCACGUUUCAUUGAAAAAAUCAGCCAGUUAAAAAAUGAUAUACGAUCCUGUCGAUGAAAGAAUUUCAGUCUCAAACAAGCGUCAGGUCUGAUAGGGGGCGGGGGGGGGGGGAAUCCGUACCCCCCAGCCCCCCCCCCGGGUUCCGCCACUGUUACUAAAUUCCACAUUAACUCCUUUUAUUUUUAACCCCCUAAGGCGAAAAGGUCUUUUUGACCCGGGAAAUUUUGAAGGAGGGGUAGUCUUUGUCUUAAAUUAUACGUUGAAGGAAUGAAUUCUUGAAAUUAGGAUAAGCAAAAAAAUAAAACGCACAUUUAAUAAAAAAAAUCAGACAGAAAAAAAAAGAUAAACGACCCGGUCGAAGAAAGAAUUUCAGGCUCAAACAAGCGGCAGGGGGGGGGGGGGGGGGGGGGGGGGAAUCCGUACCCCCCAGACCCUCCCCCUGGAUCCGCCACUGUUACUAAAUUUCACAGUACAUCGUCUUAUUUGUAACCACCAUAGGCAGAAGAGUCUCUUUGACCCUGGAAAAUUUGGACGAGUGGUAGGAUGGGGCUACAAAGUAAGCAAGAGCUCAUUUGGGCAGUUUGCCAACACCUUGAAAGAGAUCUGCAUCCCCACCAUCAGAAAUGACGUAUGCAAGGCGGCGUUUAAAGACGAAGGUCACAAAGUGACACCACAAAUGCUCUGUGCAGGGGAAGCCUCAGGUGGCAAAGACUCCUGUCAAGGGGACUCUGGGGGUGGAUUUGUCUUCCAAGAUCCUGUCGUCAAGAAGUGGGUUCUGGGUGGGGUCGUCAGCUGGGGCAGUAACUUUGGAUGCGGCUUACGAAACAAGUAUGGAGUGUAUGUCCGCAUUACUGAGUUCGUCCCUUGGAUUAAGAAGCAAAUGUUCUAGUGCCUCUCUUGUGCCCGAACCUUAUGUUAAAAUUAAUAGUAACUAAGUUUAAGUUUCAUUUUAUGACGUUAUGUAACAUGCGCGGUCAACUUCGUAAUACGCAGGCGCCAGGAUUAUCCGUGGGCGAGAAAACAAGAAGUAGUCUAAGUAGGUUGUGAAUCAGUGUUUCAUUUUUUCUUACCUUAAACCUCACACUUAUAUCAUAGCUUGGCAGUCUAGAAAUAUGUGGGUUUUAUUGUUUGAUGCGGGUUAAUUAAGUUUAAAUGUCCCUGUUAGGGCGUUGUAUAUGAGGCUAAGAGCCUCUGUAUGUCGCAAUUGCUUUGCAUUCAAUCUCUACUACGCGAACAGGUGUUUAUAUAGUUGUAAAAUUUAACGAAUCAUUAUAUAGGAGAAAUGUUAACCAUUUCCUGAUCAAUUUUUUAUUUUUAAAACAAUGGGAAAUGUUACCAAGGCUAUUACGGGAAAGAAGCGUAUAUUCAGGUGUAGAAUACUUUUGCCUCUGUAGCUUAUGCUUGUAAAUACAACUGAUUUUUAAGUCUCUGUCACGGAUAUUGUUUACUUAAGAGAUGGGCAUCCCCUCUGUCUUUUACCUUAUUUAGUUUGGGUGGUUGGUUUUCACUGGAAUACUUCUAUACAAUAGAUAGGUGCGAACUCCUAGAAACCUCUACUUCUUUUUCAGAUUUGAACGUCCCUGAAACUUUCCGACGCCGAGCAGAAAGGUUUUGUGAAUAGCAUCUUCUGACAAAUGUUCACUCGUCAGUUGCGAGUUAAGGCGAUUAACAGGGUUGAUCUACUUGGAAACUUUCCAUAAGUUACACCUGCUUAUGCUGCGUUCACACAAACAACUCAGUUAAUUUACAGUGUACAGAACCAGUGCGCUGCGUUCACACACACAAUUUCGUAAAUUUACAGUGUACAGUGCCAGAGCGUCUAUUUCUCGUGGGAAGGUAACUGUAGCCUUAUGUGUCGUCUUUUAAUUCAUUAAAUUCCUCACUUUACCUUUUUAAACUGAUGAUUUACAGUGUUUU